CUGAGAGCCCAAAAGGAGUUUUUUCCUAGGAGAGAACCGUGCGUUAUGCAAAAGAUGCAUGAGGGUAAGCGACAGAGAGGGAGAAACAAUAACAAAGUAGCAUUGAUUUUGUUGAUGUAGAAGCCGCUCAAUCACGCCCCCACUUGUCAAUACACGUGAGUUAGACAUUCAUCUUGUUCGUAGCCGUGUAACUAUAACAUUUACACUCAGUUUCUUUCCGUUUUUUUUUUAUGUCAUCAAGUACAAUUGCGAACUCUUCUAUUGUUCAUCUUGCGUACGUACUGCAACCUCUCGUGUUAACGUCGAUGAGUGGGCUUUUAUUCGUGCUAUGUAAUACCGUUUCAUCUCUUAUGUUUUAGGUUUUUUGCCUUGUUCUUCAAAGACAAAGGGAAAGGGGCGUGCUUAUCAGGAAACAAGUAAACAAGGUUGCUUCAUCUUUGUGUAACAAAGGAUGUUGGGACAGGGCCUUCUUCGAAGGACGCGCGCAAUGCGGCUAACGCUGCCGAACGAUAUCCAGUUCGCAAAGGGGAAAGCCUCGAGAAGGGUACGAACUUAGCUCUUCCUCAUCUUCUGUUGAUAGCUUGAAGGUAUCAGAUACGCAUACAAAGUCAAAAAGUUGAAGAAGGCGUGAUGAAUAUAUUUUGACAUGAUUGUUGUCAUGCGGCUUUGGAUUUUCAUUUCAAUGUCAUUGUCACCGUUACACCGAUUUGCAAACCGCUCUUUCGUUUACGUCAAAUUACACCCUUCUAUCUCAUUCUCAUAUCUCUGUAUCUAUAAUAAAUAUUUCCUUCAUAGAUGACAAACAUGAUGGAGGAAGACCGAAUAAAAUUUUACAACUGGAACCUCGCUUGCAUUGGCGUCACGACGGUCCCCAUCGCAUAUUGGUACUUUAUACUUAGCUCGUCCAGCAAUACAAAAUUGAAUAUGCAUUGAUGUGAUUUUUGUAUAUAUUUGUUUUAUCAAGGUCAAGCUCAACAAGGUGAAUAAUUAGAAUUUUCUUAGGCCCAUUUGGAGCUGUUGACAGCACGUAUACUGUUAACUGCAGUGUGGUGCUGUUUACACUUUUAGACAAGAACGGAGGACCACUCGUCUUUUUCUUUUUCUUGGAGAUGAAGAUGAUCAUACUCUUACUCAGGUUGACGGUGAACUACAACUCAAGCCCUGACACGGAUCGGAUUCUUCGCAUUCUUGACCCGGAUGCGCGCGCCAACAUCGGAUACUAUCCAGGUAUUAUGGGGUGAACCGGAAAGCUUGCAGCAGCAGCAGCACAGCCGAAGCAUGAAGAUAAGCCUCUCGUCGCAAACUUUUUUUUCGACAACGCGCAUCAGGAUAUGAUUUUAACAAGGCUACUUGUUAAUACUUACUGGGAAGCAACAUACGAGAAUAACAACCAUGAGCAUGAGCUCCACCAGCAACGUCAAUAUUAAACAACGACUUACAUGAUGCGCCUGCGUUUUACGCAGGUAGCAUAGACUUUAGACAACACCAUUAUUAAGAUCAGAAGCAUUCCCAUUCGCGGUGGCAGCUGUACUACGGAGCAUCAUCCAUGUAGUUAUUCUACAAGAACAUCAGAAACGCUGGCGCGUUCAUCUGAGUAGGCUAGUCGGUGUUCACAGAAAAAAGGUGGAAUUGCACUGUAUGCCAAAAGGAAAAGAAGUCGAAGUGUAACUAUACGCUGUUCCAUUCACUUUAGCAUCUGGAGAAUGCCAGAAGCAGGUAUGGUUGCUAAACCCAAAGACAUUCCUUUUCCCUCUGUACUCUCAAGUGCAGUAACUCUGAAGGUGGCAAACGCAAAGGCUGUUACGUG